AUGAGUCACAACACCAUUAAUGCCAACACUAAUCGCUAUAAUAAUAAUCGUUUGCAUAAUAAUAAUAAUAGUUAUCAUAAUAUGAGUAAUAAGUUAGCGUUAGUUAAGAGGUCGAGAUUUACGCUCAAGAGAUUAGCCGCCGCCCGGAGGUCGACCACCACCGCCACUAAUGGACAGGCGGUUGGACCGAAAGCACCGGUGGUCGAGAUGCCCGUCUGUCAGUACUACCUGGAGGGCCGGUGCUCUAACGACGACUGUCCCUAUCGGCACGUGAACGUCAACGCCAACGCCCGCGUCUGUCAGCUCUACCUCCAGGGCCACUGUCCCCUCGGAGAUAAGGUAUACCCCCUCCUCUUCCCCGCUCGCCCUCCCAUUCCCGUUGUAUUUGUGAUACUUUCGGCUACUGUUCCCCCGAGAACACUGUUUAGUAGGCCACCCGUUCCCCACACUUGUGUGCGUGUAUCGCAGUGCAAAAGCAGUCAUCGAUUUGUGGGCAAAAGUAACGCGAAAAACAAAUUCAUAACAAAACUCAUAAAACGUGCGAAACUCGGCCCCAAAACGGGUGCCAAACCCGCGACUCAACACCAAACCAACGGCGCCUCUCAUCGACAGCACCGACACCACCACUACCACCGCCGAAGCCUUAGUAACUCUAUUCAUGUUGACCUCCAGUGCCAAACGGCCGGCGCUGACCACUCACUGCCUCCGUACAUACCGAUCAGCGCCGACACUACCGAUACCAGUGAUCGCGAGGCUAUUAUGUUCGCCACCAAUAGUAAUGAAUGCAAUGAAUUAGUAGUGAAUAGUAAUCAAAGUCAUAGAGUCUUAACGAAUAGGCGACAGAAAUACUUUUGGUUAGAGAGCGACGACGAGUGCAGUGGCGAUGAGGACAGGGAUGUCUCCAUGAGACCCGAUAGUGUCACCGCUCGUUGUCGGCCGUCCAUUAGAGUUGUACCCAAUUUUAUGCUUUGA